AUUUAUCAUCCUACCAUCCAGGGAACCGGGUACGGGUUCACAAAACACGGGAUAAGGCUUUCUGAUUUUUGAUAAUUGUAAUUUGCAGCUUGUGAACGAAUUACCACUCAACAGUUAAAAUAAUCAAUUGUUAAGUGCUGCACUGUUGUAGUCCGCUCCCGACUGAUGAACGAAUUACGUUUUUGUUUUGUCGAAGUCUUGCGUUCUUAACGACACCAAAAGAGUAUAAUACAAAAAUACCGUCCGAUUAGAAUAUUCGAGUGACGAUGGCAAAUCUACAUCCCGGCGCACCGCAGCAGAAACCAUCUCCAGAUUCUCUGUUCUAUCAGUUCUCGCCAGAAGAAACCAGAGUCAUGAACGAAUGCAACUCCGAAAGUUUUUUUCAGAGAAGCCUACCAUUAUCGCUCAUCACUGGUGCUGUUUCGUAUGCUGCAGUUAAUGCCGGUUAUUUAAAAAAGAGUUUGAAAUGGGGUCCAUGGCCUAAAGCAAUAUUUGGUGGUCUGUUUGGUUAUCUAAUUGGUAAAUAUUCUUAUCAAGCAAAAUGUGCUGAAAAAUUAAUGCAAUUACCCAAUAGUGAACUUGGACGAGUUCUCAGGGAACGUAGAGGAAAAACGAGUGGUGAAUUUUUCCAAGGAAAUGCCAUUAGUCCAACAAACGUUACACCUGGUAAUGAUGUACCAACACUUAUGACUGAUUACAAAUCUGAUAUAGAUAUUGAUAUGCAUAAACCUAUAAAUUCUUUAGAUACAGAUUAUAGACCCAAUUAUGAUGGUUUACCCCUUAGGAAGGAUAAUGAACUUUCAUUGUCAAAUGUUACACCGACUUCUUAUGAAGACCUUAGGAAUCGUAAUAGACAAGACUAUGAUAGAACACAACCAAAUAAACCAACUUACAGGCCACCACCUCCAUCAAAUACUCAACCAAUAUGGGAUAAUCAAGCUUAUCCACCAUCAAAUACUCAACCAAUAUGGAAUAAUCAAGCUUAUCCAGCAUCUGAUCAAACAAGGACUCCUCAAUCACGUAAUCAAUAUGGAGAUGUUGUAUAGUUAUAGAUAAAAUCAUUUCCCAUUUAUUAAAUGUAAUAUAAUAUUAGUUUUGUUUGUUAUAACCUAAUAAAUUUUUAAGCUUCCGAAAGUA